CUCUUUUCCUUUCAACUUCUCUCUCCAACCUUCUUUUACGUUACUGCUAUCUGCCCUUCUUUUAAUAUUUAUUAUCGUCGACAGCUACAGACGCCCCCCCCCAUGGUCAUGAUGACCGACUCCAGCUCUGCAGAUAGCUCCACCGAGCGCGAAUCUGCUAUCAAAAUGACCGAUUCUGAGAUCGCUCAGGUGGAAUGGCAGCUCAAUCAGCCAGAGCAACGAGUUGAUUCAGCCGAUGCACCUCUUGAUACACCCGACGAUAUAUCUAGUUCGCCAGCCUCGGAGCCGGAGCCUAAAAGGUGCAAGGCCGAAGAGGAACACCAGGUGGAAUAUCAGCAGAGCGCUACGGUUAGUUUCCUGGUCGAUGGUAGGAGUAUUCCUAUCACGAUCUCUACGGGCGAGGCAAGGGAUGAAUCGCCCUGUCUACUGGUCGGCCUUCUCCCUGACGUACCCACGCAUCCUCCGCUAGGCCCGCCUACUGGUGAAUUCGCCGGACCUUCCCACGGUAACGAUACUCACCCUGCGACUCCGUCUGCUGAUGUGUUGCCUAUUGUUCCACCCCACGCACCUCCUGAUGAAUCCGAUGCUGCCUUUGGCGCCGAUCCAAAUGGCGGGGCCAACGAACCUGCUAACCACCCCCUCAACCUCGCUAUCAGUGUUGAUAGCCUGUACCGCGGGGCAUACAAUGAAAACCCCCUGCAAUUUCCGGUGGGAAUUUACAUACGUGACGAUCCUGACCCUUUGAAAUGCCGUCUAGUGACCAUGGGCUUUAAUGCCCUAGGGCGCCCCAUUCGGAAUGUAUUGAAACACAACAUAACUGGGCAGGUUGUCCCGAUGAAUGGCACGACAAGGAAAAGAUUUCGCGGGUCAUCCAUGAGACCUGUGGAGAUAAGCUAUUUUGCGGAGGUCCCAGCGGCACAGGGGGCGGAGGCAGUCAAAAGCUGGGUAUUCGACCAGUUGGAAAGUCAAGGAAUCACAGAACAACUCAACUGGAGGAAUUACGAGGUCAUGUGUACUGAACCCUACCGCCGUAUACUCAGCCGUGACAGGAUCAAUCGCCUUGCGAAUUGCGGUUUUCUGGUGCCAUUGUUUACAGGGGAUGAAGCCGACAAAAAAGCCGACAAUUUCCUCCGUUCGAUACAGCGACUGAAUGAUGAAUUUAUUGCGGCGGUUAAAAAGACCCAAUGCGACAAUGAUGCCGUAAACGAACACAACCCUUUUAAAUUUCAAGAGCUAUACGCUGAGAUGGUUUUCCUCAAGGAUAAGCUUGACGCUGUUUUAGAUGGCGAACUUUUUCAAUGGUCCUGUGCCAACAUUGCCCAUGAAAGAGAUCAGGUGUUGGCGGACGCUCUGGAAGGCAAAGAAUCGGCUGAUAUCCUGUCCUCUACCCUAACGGACAAGGACUUUCAUGGCUGAUUGGGUCUAUCGCCGGGGUCUACAGUUGAUGCUGGCAUGAGCCGAUAAUAGCCGAGCGCGAGCUCAUCCUUUGGGACAAGAUGGAGUUUGGGCCACAUAGUGUACCCAGUCAAGAGCUGCUGUGGGUCUGAUGAUUCAGUUAUGCUUAAGUGAACUUUCUUCAAUUUUAACUUCUUACCUUUCCACCUAAGCGAAG